AUGUUAAGGGAGUUUGUUAGGGAUCCAAAAUGUAGAUACAGUGUCCAUCUCCCGGAAGCUUCAUGGCACACGGCGUAUGAUGUCUGCGCUUCGAGUAACAGGACAUUAGCAACAAUUACAUCCCUAAAUGAGAUGUACAUUAUAGAGCUAGUUCUGGAAGAGGUUGAUGCUUUGUUUGAAAUAAAAUCCAGCUUCAGAAAAUUCACAGGAGUAUGGAUUGGGGCUUUUAUGAGGUCUUCUAACUAUGAGAGCAUGCUACAAAAUUGUAAACAUCUUGAUUCCGAUAUUCCGGUUAAGAUAACCGGAGUAAGUCCGAGUGAUAUAUCUUGUCUUUACUACAAUCUAACAGAAAAGACCCUUGUUGCCGAAAAAUGUUCUAAAGCAAAGAUGUUCAUCUGCGAAAGAAAUGAUGAAGAUCCUGGAGAAUGCAUGCUAGAGACACCAACAUCAACGAUACAUCAGCAUUUCCCAUUUAACUUGUGCUAUAAAGAAAUUUCGAAUAAAAUAUUAAAUUCAAGACAUUGCGAAUCAGAAUGUAUGAAUAAGGAGUUUUGUUAUACAUUUUUAUACAAAAUGGAAAAUGGAGGUUGUGAACUGUACCAUUAUAAAAAUGACUCGUCCUGUAGUUUUGGUCGAUACCCUCCGCAAACACUUAAACACAAAAAAGUGACCAAAGAAGUUAUCCAAAAGAAGAUUGCAAAGACUCGGAAGAACUUGAAAGUCAAUCGAAACGAAACAAGCCAGUACAUUCGCACUUUGACAAGUGCCCCGGAUGAGAGACUCUCCUCCAAAAACAUUGGAGUCGUUGGUGCUUUUGUAAUAAGUGCAGUGUGUAGUCUUUUUUUCAUCUCCGACUGCAUCAACUUUAUCAGGGGACCUUGA